CCCUGCGUUAGGGGAUGCAGACUAUGGGCACUGGAGACUGAUGCAUGAGGGGCCCACGGAGGCGCUGGAGCGUCGGUGAUGGUUUGGGAAGAGGAGCUGAAGUGCGCUCGGCUUUGGUGAGGCGUGACAGUUUAUCAUGACCGUGUUCAGGCAGGAAAACGUGGACGAUUACUACGACACCGGCGAGGAACUUGGCAGCGGCCAGUUUGCGGUUGUGAAGAAAUGCCGUGAGAAGAGCACCGGUCUCCAGUAUGCCGCCAAGUUCAUCAAGAAAAGGAGGACUAAAUCCAGCCGGCGGGGUGUGAGCCGCGAGGACAUCGAGCGGGAGGUCAGCAUCCUGAAGGAGAUCCAGCACCCCAACGUCAUCACCCUGCAUGAGGUGUACGAGAACAAGACUGACGUCAUUCUCAUCUUAGAACUUGUGGCAGGUGGCGAGCUGUUUGACUUCUUAGCCGAAAAGGAAUCUUUGACCGAAGAAGAAGCAACUGAAUUUCUCAAACAAAUUCUGAAUGGUGUUUACUACCUGCACUCCCUUCAGAUUGCCCACUUUGAUCUUAAGCCUGAGAACAUCAUGCUUUUGGAUAGAAAUGUCCCCAAACCUCGGAUCAAGAUCAUUGACUUUGGGCUGGCCCAUAAAAUUGACUUUGGAAAUGAAUUCAAAAACAUAUUCGGGACUCCAGAGUUUGUGGCUCCCGAGAUAGUCAACUACGAACCUCUUGGUCUGGAGGCGGAUAUGUGGAGUAUCGGGGUAAUAACUUAUAUUCUCCUAAGUGGGGCCUCCCCAUUUCUUGGAGAUACUAAGCAAGAAACAUUAGCAAACGUGUCUGCUGUCAACUAUGAAUUUGAGGAAGAAUACUUCAGUAAUACCAGUGCCCUAGCCAAAGAUUUCAUAAGAAGACUUCUGGUCAAGGAUCCAAAGAAGAGAAUGACAAUUCAAGAUAGCUUGCAGCACCCCUGGAUCAAGCCUAAAGAUACGCAACAAGCGCUUAGUAGAAAAGCGUCGGCAGUGAACAUGGAGAAAUUCAAGAAGUUCGCAGCCCGGAAAAAAUGGAAACAAUCCGUUCGCCUGAUAUCACUGUGCCAAAGAUUAUCCAGGUCGUUCUUGUCCAGAAGUAACAUGAGUGUCGCCAGAAGCGAUGAUACUCUGGAUGAGGAAGACUCUUUCGUGAUGAAAGCCAUCAUCCAUGCCAUCAACGAUGACAAUGUCCCAGGCCUGCAGCACCUUCUGGGCUCUUUGUCCAAUUACGACGUUAACCAACCCAACAAGCAUGGGACUCCUCCGUUACUCAUUGCCGCUGGCUGUGGGAAUAUUCAAAUACUGCAGUUGCUCAUUAAAAGAGGCUCAAGAAUCGACAUCCAGGAUAAGGGUGGAUCCAACGCCAUCUACUGGGCCUCUCGGCAUGGCCACGUAGAGACCCUGAAGUUCCUUAGUGAGAACAAGUGUCCUUUGGAUGUUAAAGACAAGUCCGGAGAGACAGCCCUGCAUGUGGCCGCGCGCUAUGGCCACGCCGACGUGGUUCAGCUACUGUGCAGCUUGGGCUCUAAUCCCAAUUUCCAGGACAAGGAAGAAGAAACCCCCCUACACUGUGCUGCCUGGCACGGCUAUUACUCUGUGGCCAAGGUCCUGUGUGAAGCCGGCUGUAACGUGAACAUCAAGAACCGAGAAGGAGAGACGCCCCUGUUGACGGCCUCCGCCAGGGGCUACCACGACAUCGUGGAGUGUCUGGCUGAACACGGAGCUGAUCUUAACGCCUCGGACAAGGAUGGACACAUCGCUCUUCACCUGGCUGUAAGACGCUGUCAGAUGGAGGUCAUCAAGACCCUCAUCGGCCAGGGCUGCUUCAUCGAUUUCCAAGACAGGCAUGGCAACACCCCUCUCCACGUGGCCUGCAAAGAUGGCAAUGUGCCUAUCGUGGUGGCCCUCUGUGAAGCCAGCUGCAACUUGGACAUCUCCAACAAGUAUGGGCGAACGCCUCUCCACCUCGCGGCCAACAACGGGAUCCUGGACGUGGUGCGGUACCUGUGUCUGAUGGGCGCCAGCGUGGAGGCACUGACCUCGGAUGGAAAGACGGCAGAAGACCUCGCCAAGUCGGAACAGCACGAGCACGUGGCAGGGCUCCUUGUAAGACUCCGAAAGGACACGCACCGAGGGCUCUUCAUCCAGCAGCUACGCCCCACGCAGAACCUCCAGCCCCGAAUCAAGCUCAAGCUGUUUGGCCACUCGGGGUCCGGGAAAACCACCCUCGUGGAAUCUCUCAAGUGUGGGCUGCUCAGGAGCUUCUUCAGACGGCGCCGGCCCCGACUCUCCUCCACCAACUCCACCCGCUUCCCGCCUUCGCCCCUGGCCUCUAAGCCUGCAGUCUCCGUGAGCAUCAACAACCUGUACCCGGGCUGCGAGAACGUGAGCGUGCGGAGCCGCAGCAUGAUGUUCGAGCCCGGCCUCACCAAAGGCAUGCUGGAGGUGUUCGUGGCCCCAGCCCACCACCCGCACUGCUCGGCGGAUGACCAGGCCACCAAAGCCAUCGACAUCCAGAACGCCUAUUUGAACGGAGUUGGCGACUUCAGUGUGUGGGAAUUCUCUGGAAAUCCCGUGUACUUCUGCUGUUACGACUACUUUGCUGCAAAUGAUCCCACAUCCAUUCAUGUCAUCGUUUUUAGUCUGGAAGAACCCUACGAGAUCCAGCUGAACCAAGUGAUUUUCUGGCUCAGUUUCUUAAAGUCUCUCGUCCCAGUUGAAGAACCCAUAGCUUUUGGCGGCAAGCUGAAGAACCCGCUCCGAGUUGUCCUGGUGGCCACUCACGCCGACAUCAUGAAUGUUCCUCGUCCAGCUGGGGGCGAGUUUGGAUAUGACAAAGACACGUCGUUGCUGAAAGAGAUCAGGAACAGGUUUGGGAACGAUCUUCACAUUUCCAAUAAGCUCUUUGUGCUGGAUGCCGGGGCUUCUGGGUCUAAGGACAUAAAGGUACUUCGAAAUCAUCUGCAGGAGAUACGGAGCCAGAUCGUUUCGGGCUGCCCUCCAAUGACUCACCUGUGUGAGAAAAUCAUCUCCACGCUGCCUUCCUGGAGAAAGCUCAAUGGGCCCAACCAGCUGAUGUCACUGCAGCAGUUCGUGUAUGACGUGCAGGACCAGCUGAACCCCCUGGCCAGUGAGGAGGACCUCAGGCGCAUCGCCCAGCAGCUGCACAGUGUGGGCGAGAUCAACAUCAUGCAGAGCGAAACAGUCCAGGACGUCCUGCUCCUGGACCCCCGCUGGCUCUGCACCAACGUCCUGGGGAAGCUGCUGUCUGUGGAGACCCCGCGGGCCCUGCACCACUACCGGGGCCGCUACACCAUGGAGGACAUCCAGCGCCUGGUGCCUGACAGCGACGUGGAGGAGCUGCUGCAGAUUCUAGACGCCAUGGACAUCUGUGCCCGGGAUCUGAGCAGCGGGACCAUGGUGGACGUCCCUGCCCUGAUCAAGACGGACAACCUGCACCGCUCCUGGACUGAUGAGGAAGACGAGGUGAUGGUCUACGGCGGAGUGCGCAUCGUCCCGGUGGAGCACCUCACUCCCUUUCCGUGUGGCAUUUUCCACAAGGUCCAGGUGAACCUCUGCCGGUGGAUUCACCAGCAGAGUGCUGAGGGGGACGCGGACAUACGCCUGUGGGUGAAUGGCUGUAAGGUCGCCAACCGUGGAGCCGAGCUGCUGGUGCUCCUGGUCAACCACGGCCAGGGCAUCGAGGUGCAGGUCCGUGGCCUGGAGACGGAGAAGAUCAAGUGCUGCCUCCUGCUGGACUCCGUGUGCAGCACCAUUGAGAACGUCAUGGCCACCACGCUGCCGGGGCUGUUGACGGUGAAGCAUUACCUGAGCCCCCAGCAGCUGCGGGAGCACCACGAGCCUGUCAUGAUCUACCAGCCGCGGGACUUCUUCCGGGCGCAGACCCUGAAGGAAACCUCGUUGACUAACACCAUGGGGGGGUACAAGGAAAGCUUCAGUAGCAUCAUGUGCUUCGGGUGUCACGACGUCUACUCGCAGGCCAGCCUCGGCAUGGACAUUCACGCAUCAGAUCUGAACCUCCUGACCCGGCGGAAACUGAGUCGCCUGCUGGACCCGCCCGACCCCAUGGGGAAGGACUGGUGCCUUCUUGCCAUGAACUUGGGCCUCCCUGACCUCGUGGCAAAGUACAACACCAGUAACGGGGCACCCAAGGAUUUCCUCCCCAGCCCGGUCCACGCCUUGUUGCGGGAGUGGACCUCCUACCCCGAGAGCACCGUGGGCGUCCUCAUGUCCAAGCUGAGGGAGCUGGGUCGCCGGGAUGCAGCGGACUUUUUAAUGAAGGCUUCCUCUGUGUUCAAGAUCAAUCUGGAUGGCAAUGGCCAGGAGGCCUACGCCUCCAGCUGCAACAGCGGCACAUCUUACAAUUCCAUCAGCUCGGUGGUGUCUCGGUGAGGGCAGCCCCGGCCUGGGCUGGGUCCCUCUGGACUGCAGAAGCAAGGGGGAUGCAGCCCGGUUUCCCGUUGGAGAUCCUAAGAGGCAUUCCUUCCCAAGGGACACUCUCCUCCCUCCUGCUUCGCCUGUCUCUCCGCCACUACCUCCCUCCCUCUCGCACAGUCCGUGGUCCGUAGAUGGUCUUUGCAGCUCAGAGCAGACCAGAUCCUUUCCUUUGGCCGUCCGAUAUGGCUAACGUACCUCCACUCAGUGUUCUGGACUCCAUCUCUCGUCCUCCCAUACCUUGCUUCUUCCUGAUCAUUUUACUGGAAUUCCAAACUUUUCAAUGACUUUUAUUUUUUAACUACUAUAUCGAUGGUCUUUUUUUUAAAAAAAAAAAAAAGAAAAAGAAAAGAAAACAAAAGCACACAUUUGUCUAAAAUGUGUAUUUCUUAGACUCUUUGCUUUGUUAUACCAUCUCCUGAGCGUCUCUCUUUUAUAUCUGUAGGAGAAACUCCCAUGUGUGGAAUCCCACUGUGUGAUUUAUACACAGACAAUAUGUGAGUGCCUUUUGCAGAAGAGGGUGUGUUUGAAAUCAUCUGAGUCAGCCAGGAGCUGUCACCAAGGAAACGCUACCUCUCUGUCCCCUGCUGUGUGCUGAUCAUCACCAGAGGUGCUUCACCCUGAGUUGUUUUUGUUUCGUUUCGUUUCGUUUCUUUCCUGCAAUUCCUGUUUUCAUUUGGCGAGGAAAGGGGAGAAAGGAAGCCUCCUCCAGGGUGAUUUCAUGGCCAGUGUUGUUGCUGUAAGAGCACAUUUUUCAGUUCGCUUUCGCUCAGAGUCAAUGUGAACGUCCACUAGACACCUACGAGCUGUCAUGCUGCAUUGCUCCCGCUCAUCUCAGGUAGAAGGUGACAGAGUUGCUGCGUUAGGGAGACCUGGGUAGGAAUUCAGAAGACCCCCCGACUCAUCAUUUGUGACAGUUCGUCAUCAUUGGUGCAUAGCAGAUGGUUUCCACAUUUAGAUCCUGGUUUGGUAACUUCCUGUACUUGAAGUCUGAAAAGCCGAAAAUAAAGGAAGCAAGUUUUCUUGCAGUGAUUUUAAAUUGUGAUAGAGUUUUCACUUGAUAUGAGGGAACAUGUCCUAAUUCUUCUGUCCUGAGAAGCAUGUAACGUUAAUGUUCUAUCAUGUGUGUGUGUGUGUGUGUGUGUGUGUGUGUACCCAUAUAUAUAUACACAUAUAUAUAUAUGCACUAUGUAUAUACAUAUAUAUUAAUACUGGUAUUUUUACUUAAUCUAUAAGGUGUCAUUAAAAGUUAAGUUUUUUUCUUUUUCUUUUUUUAAUAAAUAAAUUGUUGCUUGUUGCCUUA